AUGCUGGAUAAGGCUGGCCAUCCCGCAGCUUUUUCAGACAGUCGCAUCAGCCAGCAGAGCGGCAGUCAGUAUGAAGGCCUAGUUGCUAGCGUCAUCAAUGGCCUUAGCCGCAAACUCAAAGCUGUCAGACAACAAGGGCCCGAUGAGCGAACACAAGUAGAACAGCUCAAAGAAAACGUUGCAGCUUUCCUGCGAGAACGUGUGUCAGACAACGCUGGGCAAAGAGUGCUAGCAAGAGGUGUCGGUGAAGAGGAAGCUGAGAUUGACGCGGUGUUCCAUGGUAGCUUUGGUGAAUUGCUGAGCAAGCUCAACCAGGUGACUGACGCUUUAGUUCUUGCGACCUACGCAGGCACCACCUGUGUUCUGGUGGAAGCUUGUUCGGACAGUCGUCUUGUCGCAAUGAAACUUUUGCAGAUCGAGAUCCAAUGCCGCUUAGUUGAGCGUUGCGGGUUCUUGGUCAAUGAUGAACCGCGUGGCUUGAAAGCACAGCAACUUGAUCCAGACUCGACUGGCUAUGCGAUUGUGUUCAAUCGCGCGGCUCUGCAGAUAGACAUACAGAGCGUGCUGGACACACUGGGUCUUACCUACGUGCAGGAGUUGCUGCAGAAGGGCAAGUUGCACAUUGCUUUUUUGCAACCAGACCGUGCGUUGCCCGCAGCAUUGGAGAUUGCAAGCGAGGCCAAAGCAGAAUCAAGCGUGGCAAGAGCAGAGGCAAACGAGGCAAGAGAAGAGGCAAACCAGGCAAGAGUGAAGGUGGACAGAUUGGAGCAACAACUUGCAGGCCGAACCUCAACCUCAUCCGUCGUCUGGGUGCGGGAGGUGGCCCCGAACAAGGAUGGGACGGUCGCCGCCAAGUCUCGUCAAGACCCUGAGGGCGAGGAUGAGCUCGAGCCGGCGUUCAAAGUGGAGUCCCCUCAGGACUACCCGCGCCUCAAUGAUGUGGACCACUUGAAGAAAGCCAUCAAGCAGAUGAAGUCUAACGCCCUACGAAACGUUGAUCCUGAUCAAAUCGACAUCUACCUGUACUCACAAGAAGCUGGAGAGUGGCAACUCGUCAAAUUCUCAUCGACCUCACUGCGCCAGGACACCAGCGAGCCCAACCCUCGGCUCCGUGAUCUUCCAUUCAACUUCCGCAUGACGGCAUCACUGCUAGGCAAGAUUGCUACGGCUUUUUGCCGCGACGGACUUGCCCCAUCUAGCUCUGCACAUCCUUUUGCACGGUCUCUCUCAGUUUCACAUGUCAAGGUUUGCGAUGUGCAUCAUGCCAGUCUUCGGUGUGGUCAGUUUUGCUGCAAGUGGCGGGCUUAG